AUGGGAGACGCGGAAACCUUGAUGGGACUCUCACUGGAGUAUAAGCGCCGUGCAAACACGCUCCUGCCCAUUGCACGUCUUCCCCGCGAGAUCCUUUCAAAUAUCUUCUCGCUUGUCGCAAAGUUAGACCCUCCUCAUCUCCGGGUCCAUCCCUAUGAGACCGACUGGUCAGAUCUGUUGCCAGCAGGCACUGAUGAUAUCCUUCUUGAGGUCCAAGGCAAACUUCACCCUCACGAACCCACCUUGGGCUGGAUAGUCCUUUCGCACGUAUCGAGCGCUUGGCGCUCACUGUGUCUUGCGUCCCCAACACUAUGGUCCAAAAAUGUUGGGCUCCUGCCCAAAGCCGUCGCAACAUUUCUUGCAAGAUCCGGGGAAGACGUGCCCCUAGACAUCUGUGUGCGUCGCCCGCGGGACGAUGCAACUGGCAUACACGUUAUACACUCUUGCAUCUUCGACGUGGUCCCAGACCUACGCAUUCAAACAAUCGACUGCGAUUCGUGCAUGGGACGCGACGUACAGAAAAUAUCGGACGCGAUAUGCGCCCGACAUUUGCCUAUGCUGAAGAAACUGAAACUCGAGUUCGCCAGCACUAUGGACUUCUCGUUGCCAGGUCCCCUUCCCAUGCUAAACGCCCCCUCUCUCGACAAGCUCGUCAUGUCGGGAGUUAAUCUACCAUUCACGGCGCCAAACCUCACAUCCAUCUCUCUCGGAUUUAUGGACCGCAUCGACGGCUUUUCUGGAGUUGAAUUACUACAUAUACUAGCGUCAUGUCCUCGCCUCCGUUCUGCCGAAUUCUUGGACUUGAGGCUCAACGAUCCAGAUAGGAUCGCAUCGACUUCCUUACAGGCCACACUGCCGCACUUGGAGAAUCUCACACUUUCCAUCCUCAACCCAGGAGAGGUCUACGUCAAUCUGCUGGAACAUAUGAUUCUACCCCCUGCCGUCAUACUCGGACUAUGGCCACAAGAGCCGCAGACAGAUGAGGAUGCGGCCUUACUGGCAUGCGUCAUGCGCUUGAUAUGGAGACACACACCUUGUCCCGCUCUUGAGCUAGACGGCUCGACUUCCAGUCUAUACUUCUAUUCCGACAUUAACGGAUACGAUGAUGGAGAACCACAGGCGUUCAUUGUCAGAUGUGGUUUCCCCAACUUCCUUCCACGCCUAAUUCCCAACCUACAGUUGCAAACGUACUUGGAGAGCGUCACGCUCUUAUACGUAUCGGCAUCCGUUAGGACCCUUGACCGAGCGCCUUACCGCCGAAUGUACGAACUACUCCCCAAUGUCACUCAUCUUCGCGUCAUCGCAGGAUACCGAGACGCGCGCACCGAAGACAAUGCACCAACUUCCCUGGUUCUUCACGUGCUUUGGAAUCAACGCGGGCCAAUACCACUACCGCGCCUAAAAGAGGUCGUUUUGGCCGAGGACAUCAACGUGAAAUAUGUCAACCUUCAGAAGGACAUCCUGCCCUCUCUGAUACGUCGCACGGAGCAUGGCGCAAAGGUGCUCAAGCGGCUGGACCUGCAGUGCUUCGAGUAUCCGGGCGAGUUUGAACCUAUUACCUUGGCACUGGGCAGGUUCGUGGGCGAGGUUCGAUGGAAGGGGCAAACAGCAGCAGAGGGUAGUUGA